CAGUAGCAGUCAGUAUCUCUCUCCCUCUGGAUCUAAGCAUAUAGAACAGAGGCACCUGGAGUCCUUGCUGUUUCACAGCCCUCUCUAUCUCUCUAUUUCUGCAUCUGCAGGCCAACCAGAGAGCCAGCCGGAGCUGUUGUUGGUGCUUCUACAGGGAUCUGCUUUGGCUCAGUGAGAGGAGGCCGUAACUCACCUGCGCUCACAGACACACACACAGACAAACAGCCAGAGAGACACAUACUCAAGGUUUCCUGGCCCAUCCCCCUCACACACACCUUUGGAGUGCACUGUGGGAGAGGAGGAGAGGAGUACACCGUGCUGGUUCUACUCGAUAGUAAUGUCGUGGGACUGUGGCCUGAAGUACAUGUUCUCUGUGUCCCCGGCGCUGAAGCCGGGGGGUGUGUGUGCCCUGCAUGACAAGGAGGACCUGUCCCAUCUGGGGAUGGUCCAGAGACUGGCCAAGGACGGAUGUCGCUUCCUCCAGAACCACAACAACAGCAGCAAGGCCGCCCCGGAGAGGACAGCGGAGGCCCACAGUGACGAGGCAGUCCGUGUAUGUCUGCGGGAGCGGGGCCAGGAGGUGCUGGUGCUCCAGAGUGUGUCGUCACAGCGGCCAGCCCCCUCCACAUCGGCCAGGGGAGGGGGGAGACCCGAGGAGGGGGACAGGAGGUACGUGGUGGUGUCAGGGACCCCAGAGAAGAUCCUAGAACACCUGCUGUCUGUCAUGAGGCUGGACAACCACCAUGAUGACCAAGGGAGCACACAGCAGAUCAAGGAGUCAGAGCCUCUCCUGGAUGACUUCCUGCUGACAUACCUGGUAUUCAUGUCAACCAGUGAUCUGUGUCAGGCUCUCCUGGGACACUAUUGUUCAAAGAGACACCACCGGGGGAAAGAGGAAGGGAAGGAGGUUCUGGACAGGAAACGUCAGGUCCUGCACCUGGUGACACAGUGGACAACACUGUACAGGGACUUCCUACGAGAAGACGAGCAUGUUAAACUCUUCAUGAAGACAUUGUAUCGUUUCCUCCUGGAUGACCUGUAUGAGUAUCCAACUCUAGAGAAGGAGCAGAAGGACCUGCAGAAACUCCUGCGGCUGCAUCGCAGACAUACAUUGGAGGAGUAUUCACCCUACAGAAAGAGCAAAGCUCUUUCCCAUCAACUGAGCCUGAAAGAGAACGUGCUCCCGACCAGAGGAACACAAAGGGAGACCAGGGAAGUGUUGUGUCAUGUGUACAUGAGCAUGGACUCAUAUCUGAGUGUGAGGAGCCUGGCCAGUGUUGUGGCCCAGGGGCUGCUGCAGGAGGUGGCUGAGAGACUGGAUGUCCCCUGGAGGAGCUGGUCCUGCUGGCUGUGA